AUGGGCAGGUUGCAAGCCUCUAGUCCCAUGGGGAAAUGGAAAUUUAUGGGAGAACUUCCGUUCUCCCGGAGUGGACAUGUGGAGCUUAUUUGUUGGAGGCGACUCCAAACCGCCUCCCUUGCACCUCCCAGUCACUUGAUUGCAGGCGUUUGGCCGGACCGACGUGCGGGAUACAAAGAUGUCAUGAAACAUUCGAAACUCGAAGGAAGUGAGCGCGAAUUUGCCAACGCCGACACUGUUGCAAUGUCCCCCAAUAUGAAGACUCCUCCGUAUGACAGUGCCAAGCUUGAAAACGUUGAGCACGAGCUGGGAGCACCAAGAAAUGUUGUUGCCACUAAAUCUGGAAUCAAUUGGUUUCUUGUGCAUUGUGUUCUUUGUCCCAAGUUGUUAUGUAGUAUGCACUUCAGACUCAUUCGCAACGGUGGAGUAUUCUUCUUCAUACCUCUGCUCCUAUCAACUUGUCUUAUUGUGGUACCUUUAUCGUUCAUGGAGUUGGCUCUCGGUCAGUACACUUCUAAGCAAGCAACAAUAAUGUUUCCAAGGAUGAGCCCUAUUUUGUCAGGAGUGGGAUACACAAUGUUCGCAAUGCGUAUUGCCCUUGCAGUUGGCCUCAAGACGGAACACAGGUUGUGCUCAUUGAUCUGGGAACUUAUUGGUACCACUUUCUUCGAGAGAAGGAAUGUAGAGUGUUUAACACCGUCAAGUUCAGACUGCUAUAUUCCUAACGUUUGUCGAACACAUGAAGUUUUCCACCAAGGCGCUUGCUAUGAUUUACGUAAUGAUAAUACAUUUACAACCGAUGCUACGAUAUUACUACGUACGCAAAAAGUACUAGAAAGUUACAUAUAUUCAGACGACUACAAUCUUCCAAUCGCUUCUGAUCAAAGAGUUUUUGGAAAGAUGCCAGGUUGCCACCGCGUUGAUGGUGUGUUGAUGUUCUUUACAGUCUGUUUAAUCUGCUCUAGAUUUGGUGUCUCCAGUUUCUCCAAGUUCUCUGCAUCUAUUGUUCUAUUUUCUUUCUUCGCAGUCAUAAUUGCAUUCAUAUCACUUCUUCUUUCUGGGUACUAUAGGAUCUCUGUGAAGUUUUUAGUGCUCUUGAAUAAUGACCCAUCUUAUCUCCUUUCGCUCGAUACUUGGAUAGAAGCGAUUUACCUGUCACUAUUGCUUCUUAGUAUUGCGGAUGGCUCACUUCACUCUCUCGGAGCUUCUUGUUCGUUUGGAAACAACAUAAUAAGGAAUAUCACUCAUUCGAUUUACUUCAAUACAAUAUUCGUCUUCGUCUGUAGUUUAUUAUUUGGAAUGACCACCUGUGUCGGUUUAGAGUUGAAAUAUAGACAACACAGAAAAAUUGAUGCUCCUACACAUGCUAUUCGAAAUAUGCUUGAGAAAUAUAUAGACAAUCAAGAUUUUUCGACGCCAUUGUAUUAUUUUGCCGUUUCUAACCCAUUCACAAAAGCCGCUACUGCUGUUCUGGUUAUGGCAUUUACACUCCUAUCUUCUGCAGUACACGUGCUUGCUGCUGAAGAUGUCGUAAUGAUGGUUUUUCAUUUCUGCCCGUCACUUCUGAAGCUGAAUAGCUCUAUAGUACGCCAUUGUAUUUUAAGUAUUAUGUUCAUUACACUGUCCGUAGUCUACUACAAUCUCACCCACUUGGAAGGCAUUGAAAAAUCCUACGUUCCUGUUUUUAUGGCUACUUGUGUGCUAGCCGUGUGGGAAUGUAUAUGUGUGAGCUGGAAUUAUACAACGUUUAGACUUCUAGUAAAUAUAAGAACAAUGGGUACGUCAGCCUCUCCUGUGAUUACUUAUGGGCAACGCAUAAGCGUUUAUCUCCAUUUUGCUUGGCGAUAUAUCAUCCCCAUGAUUCUAAUGGUAACUGCACUGUAUGGUCUCUCUAGUGAAACUUUCGGCGUAGAGUUAUCAUGGACGACUGUAGUAACUUCAUUCAUUUGUGCAAUGCCAUUCUUUCAUGCCAUAAAAGAGGUGGCAUCUUGUUGGCAUAGAAAUGGUGUGAUGGCGAGCUUAUUCCGAUCAGCUGACAGAUGGGGACCUCUUUCAAUUCAGCACAGAAAAAUGGCGGAGUUUGAUGAGAAAGCAGCAAGAAUUUCUUUCUAG